CUGAUCAGUCCAGAGACAGUAAAUAAAAUGAAAAAUCAAUGCAAGUUCAUGGAAACUCGGUCCUUUCAGCGCUAACCUCUCCAGCCCUGCACUAGUCUCUGAACUGAUGAGCUGCCUUCAGCUAAAUCAUUUACCUGGGAACAGACAGUCUAAAGGCUCCGUACAAGAGAAUCCUAGAGCUGAACCUGAAAAACAAACUCCUGAACAUCAGGCAGAUUAAAGUGGAAACUGAACCCUAGGGGAGUAUGAAUAAAGGCUACAAGAGUGUAGUCCUGUUGUACUUCUAAAGUAAACUUAAAACCUUAAUGUGUUUUUCUUCCCUUUCCUACAGAAUCACAACUUUCACCUGACACUUUUAUCCAAAGUGACUAUCAUCUGAGACAGGAUACGAGUGAGCAGUUGAUGGAUGAAAGUGCUGCUUAAGGACUCAACCAUAGCAAUAUAACUCUGGUCGAGUGAUAUUGAUACCACAUUCAUUCGCACUUCAUCCUGGACAGGGUCUCGGUCCUGUGUAUGCUGGGACGAGGCAGGAAUACACUGUUUGGGGUUUGAAUGUAACAUGAAUAUUAAGUACAGAAUUGUUCAGCAGUGGCAUGUCUCACAGCCAUACCCUCUAAUUGGUCCAGGGUGACAGGAUCCGAUCCACCAAUCAGGGGUACAGGUGGUAGCAUUGCCACCUCACAGCUCCAAGGGCCCUGGUUUGAUCCUGAGUUUUGAUUACUGUCUACGUUGAAUUUCACAUCUUCUUCCUGUGUCUUUGUGGGUUUCCUCUGACCCCCCAGAAACGUGCUGCUAGCGGACAUGCUGACGGCUGUAAUAACAGAGCUUGGUGAAUAAUCAGUGAAAAAUAUCUGCACCUCUACAUUAUUUGUGAUUUGGUGAAUCAUGAAUGACUGAUUUUGCUGAUUUUGGUUAUGGAUGAGGAACUUUACUUUUGCCCAAACUUCCAUCACUCUCUCUAGAAUUUUUUUUGUUAAAUAUUAUUUUUAGUAUUGCUCACUCUGGAACAUGGCUCCUUCCAGAUUCCAUACAAACCACCCUUUAUUUAAGGAAUUUCGGGAAUGUAAAAAAAUGUUCCAAACAAAAUAACCUAUUUCUCAUAUGAUAACUACAGCUGUGAUUAGCUGUCUAUUUAAAAAAACUCCCCUGAAAACUAGGCAAUUACUUUUUUCCCUCACAAAACAAACAAGCAAAUAGUCUACUGUCAAACUGACCAGAACACACUGGCUGUGUUUCAAAACCCAUAAAGUAAAGUACUCUUAAGUGUGCUUGAGAGUGGCCAUGUAAUUACAGCUCAAAAUAUCACCUCUAAAAAUACAAGUAUUAAAAAUAAAAUCUUGGGUCUAGCCCCUAGAUAUGAGUACACACAAGAGCGAGUUUAGAAACAGGGUUAGAGCUUCUGUUACUGGCAGGAAUGUCUUUUUCCCAGCUGAGGGGUUCUGCUGCUCUCUACAGGUCACACUCAUAUACCUGAAAUAUGAUUUCAAAUCUACCAUACCUGUUUAUUAAAGAGCAUGCUGAAGUGGAUGAACACCAACUAAAAUCACCUGCUGAUAAAUAAAAACAAACCGUUAUUUAUGCCAGCAUUUUCCUGUUUCAUUUGCUACUGAUUUAAUGGAAUUUCAGUGGCAAUAAUAUGUUUUAGACCUCAGUACUAAUGCUGAUGUGACUAGAAUGAUUGAUUUUGGUCAUGUAAACAAUCAAUCAAUCAGCAAUAGAUCAGAGAACAAGUAUAAACACACACUGAUACAGUAAGCAUAAUAAUGCGUAAUGUACUGAAUGUAAUGAAUGAUGUUCACUUCGGGAGGAAACAAAAAAAUAUAUAUUUUCCAUCUUUUUUUUUUUUUUUACUUAUUUAAAGUUAUUUUCUCACAAGGGAUGAAAACAAUACCAACUAGCCACUAACAGAAAAAUAGAAGUUUCAGCAGUGAGAGGGGAGAUGUGAGAAAAUAUUAAUAUUCACUUUUUGGAAAGGAAUUUGCUUUUACAGGCACAACAUGAAAUAAAGACCUUCAGUUUCAGUACCAACUAUUUUCCAUAAUGAACACAAGGGAAGUGUAAACUCUUACUCUGUAUUCACUACACUGCUCACACUGGGAUCUAUUCUUACCAAAAAUGCAACAAAAAUAAUUUGGACAAUUUCUUGCGUUCCUUUGUUCUUAAAAUCAGCACUAUACACUCACUGGCCACUUUAAUAGGAACACCUGUCCUGUACCCCUGUUAAUUCUUGCAGCUAUCCAGUCAGCCAAUCAUGAAGUCAUGCAUCAAGAGCACAGGUUCACCCAAACUAGGCUGCUGAAGAUUGGAGAAACGUCGUCUGAUCUUCAUCCAGUCUUCAGCUGUCCAGUUUGGGUGAACUCAUGUCCACUGUAGCCUCACACUCCUGUUCUUAGCUGGCAGGAGUGGAACCUGAUGAGGUCUUCAGCUGCUGUAGCCCAUCCACCUCAGGGUUCUACGUGCUGUGUGUUCUGAGAUGCUUUUCUGCUCACCAUGAUUGUAAAGAGUGCUUAUUCGCGUUACCUUAGCCUUCCUGUCAGCACGAGCCCAUGUGGCCAUCCUCCUCUCACCUCCUCUCACCUCCUCUCACCGUCAACCACAGAACUGAUGCACUCUGAGUGUGCGUUGUUUUUUUUUUUUUUUUUUUGCACCAUUCUGAACUCUAGAGACUGCUGUGCAUGAAAAUCCAUGCAGUUAUAUCCUUCUCUCCAAACGGAUUGGCCAGCUUGUUAAGCAGUGAUUGGCUGAAUUCAAGUGGGCGUGGUUUCGAGUGCACUCAGAGCUGCAGUACUUACUUCUGCCACACGAUGGCACCAGAGCUGUGAUCAUGUGGCCGAAACAGCUUACAAGCUUGACAUGUUUGGAGAAAUGCAUUCAUUAGUGGGUUUUGUAGCGUGAUGUUUGACAUUAAAGAUGAAUAGCUGUAUCUAACAAGUUUUAAAAUGAUGGAAUGUAAUUGAUUUCCUGUAUAAUUUUGACCUACAGUACGGACUGUGUAUGAGUGGAACAUGAAAACAAAGUACAGAUAGUAGGAAAAAGGGAGAAAAAACAUGAACAACCAAAUAAAAAUAAAUAUUUCUGAAAAGGAAAUGUAAUCAUUUUAACACUGUGUAUGGUUAUAACAGAGUAUCAUAUUUUUUAAUCAAUAGUAAUAGGUUAUUAGAUCAUUUCUGCAGGGAUAGAAGGGUCCCAUACAAGGGGUGAAUCUUUGAUUAUUAUUAUUAUUAUUAUUAUUAUUAUUAUUAUUAUUAUUAUUAUUAUAUGGUUUUGGGAGGGACCUGGGGUACUACACAGUUUCUCCCUUCUUUUUAUAUCCGAUGCUUAUUUUAAUAAAUCGUAUUGUUUAUCCAUUCCUAACUACAAGUUCAAACUAAUCUCAAUUUCUCAGAAGCAAAUUAAACUCAUCUUAGCUGGUGAAGAGAGAGAAGAGAGUGCUCAUGGAGGUCUACACAAAGAAACAAGAUCCACAAAUAAUCAGUAGGUGAGUUACAAAUAUAACGUAAGAUCCACAAAUAAAUAAAACCAGAUGCACGUUUUUUUGCGCUUCACGCACAGCCUCGCUGACGUCACUCCAUGGUCCCGCACUCCGCGCGCAAAACGCCAGGGACUUCCACAUCUCGCGCUUAACUCUGUCUCUCUCUCUCUCUCUCUCUCUCUCUCUCUCUCUCACACACACACAUCAAUCACUAUAGUGUAAAUAAAUACAUAAAUAAAUUUGUAAAAUGAAAAUCGUUAUUUUGGAAGGCAGAAUUUUAUCAACUGAAAAUAUAAUAUCAUUACUCUUAACAUUAUGUAUUUAAUAAACUAAUUUUAAAGUAAAACGAUUUAUUUAGUUAGUUAUUUGUUUGUUUGUUUAUAAUAAUUUGGACACUUUGGUCCUGCAUACAUGCUCGACCCUCGUCAGGCGGUAAAACCUUUUCUUUUCUUCUCUUAUACUGGGUCCAGCAGCCGAGUAGCUACUGCAGUAACCCGGUCCAGCAGCUCAGUACCGUGACCCGGUCCAGCAGCUCAGUACUGUAACCGGGUCCAGCAGCUCAGUACUGUAGCCCGGUCCAGCAGCUCAGUACCGUGACCCGGUCCAGCAGCUCAGUACUGUAACCGGGUCCAGCAGCUCAGUACUGUAGCCCGGUCCAGCAGCUCAGUACUGUAACCGGGUCCAGCAGCUCAGUACUGUAGCCCGGUCCAGCAGCUCAGUACUGUAGCCCGGUCCAGCAGCCCGGUCCAGCAGCUCAGUACUGUAACCGGGUCCAGCAGCUCAGUACUGUAACCGGGUCCAGCAGCUCAGUACUGUAGCCCGGUCCAGCAGCUCAGUACUGUAGCCCGGUCCAGCAGCCCGGUCCAGCAGCUCAGUACUGUAACCCGGUCCAGCAGCCCGGUCCAGCAGCUCAGUACUGUAACCCGGUCCAGCAGCUCAGUACUGUAGCCCGGUCCAGCAGCCCGGUCCAGCAGCUCAGUACUGUAACCCGGUCCAGCAGCUCAGUACUGUAACCCGGUCCAGCAGCUCAGUACUGUAACCGGGUCCAGCAGCUCAGUACUGUAGCCCGGUCCAGCAGCUCAGUACUGUAACCGGGUCCAGCAGCUCAGUACUGUAGCCCGGUCCAGCAGCUCAGUACUGUAGCCCGGUCCAGCAGCCCGGUCCAGCAGCUCAGUACUGUAACCGGGUCCAGCAGCUCAGUACUGUAACCGGGUCCAGCAGCUCAGUACUGUAGCCCGGUCCAGCAGCUCAGUACUGUAGCCCGGUCCAGCAGCCCGGUCCAGCAGCUCAGUACUGUAACCCGGUCCAGCAGCCCGGUCCAGCAGCUCAGUACUGUAACCCGGUCCAGCAGCUCAGUACUGUAGCCCGGUCCAGCAGCCCGGUCCAGCAGCUCAGUACUGUAACCCGGUCCAGCAGCUCAGUACUGUAACCCGGUCCAGCAGCUCAGUACUGUAACCCGGUCCAGCAGCCCGGUCCAGCAGCUCAGUACUGUAACCCGGUCCAGCAGCUCAGUACUGUAACCCGGUCCAGCAGCCCGGUCCAGCAGCCCGGGACAGCCCCGCGCCCUCGCGUUCCCGCGCUCGUGCCAUGUCAGUCCCGCUUCUUGUUUUGAGGCUAUAAAGCCUGCUGUACUUCUUGUUAGCCUGAUUCGUCUUUAGGCCAGUGAUCACACCUCCUCGGUGUCGGCACGAGAGCAGAGCAGACAGGAUGCUUAUCACUCCACAUUUCCUUCUGUGGCUUCUGAUUUGCCCGGCUGUGUUUUCACAAUGCACCAACAAUCAGGAGCAAAAAAGGACACGAGACAUCAUCCAGAAACUCUGCAGCCUGGGGGAAACGCGGCCGGUGAGGUGCAAAAGCGAGGCGGAAAAUAUGAAGGUCCGAAGCCCAAAACUCCCGAAACAGGAGGAGAGCAGGCUGCUGGUGUUGGAAAUGUCAUUUCGGAUUGUCUCUGAUCUCCUGCUGAAGAACGCGUCCACCGAGUGGAAGUCCAGUGAGCUGCAGCACUUACAGGAUUCACUCGGACAGCAGAGACAAUUCUACACAGCAUGUGUUCCGGUUGCCAGCUCUGCUCCUGCUGAAGUGGAAAAGUGGAGCGCUUUUUGGAGCAGUCUGGCUGAUUUUCUGUCAGAAAAGAGUUUCAGCUCGUGUGCAUGGGAAAGCGCGCGCCCUGUCAUUCUACAGGUCAUGCGCAGUUUCUACAGAUCCACUACAAAAUCCCCAAGACCCAUCAGAAGCUGUUAAUACUAUCUAUCUAUCUAUCUAUCUAUCUAUCUAUCUAUCUAUCUAUCUAUCUAUCUAUCUAUCUAUCUAUCUGAUUGAAUUAACAUCGUUUCUACACCUGAGUAAUUUUAAUGCAUUCAUUUUAUAUAAAAAAAAUAUAUGCACUAUUAUGAAGUGUGUAAUUCCUGAUUGAAAUGUUAUACAUGUAUGAAUAUAGGAACAUUAAUGUAAAUGAUAUAAAUAUAAUCAGUGUUUUCA